AUGACCAGUCCAUGUAUAAAGAAUAGUCAAAACAGAGAGAGUGAUUUUGACAGAAGGUUAAGAGCAAAAGAAGAGAACAAGAGACAUAUUCUAUUUAAAAAUGAAAACUUUAUUGAAGAACGGGAAAAAUUGGGAUUUCCACCAAAGUAUCCAACAUUGACGACAUUAGAAGAUUCCACAAAUAUAUCCAAUCUUGCAUCAGCGUCUUCAAUCAACCGACUUGAAGAGAAAAGGGGUAUUGAUAGACGGAAGCCUCAAAAUAUGUCUCCGGGGGUAGUUUGUAAUGCUUAUGCAAAAAUGUUUUAUUACAAGGACAUUAAUGCAUUCAGAGAAGGUUCAAACAUGGCACCUCCGGAGACCUUGAAUAAACCAUUACCAAUGCAUGAUAAAUUCAUUAGUGACCAAGAUAUGUUAAAUACCAGACGUUUAACUGGAGAUGACAAAAUUGCACAAAAUUACCUGUAUACAUCAAGUUAUGAAGCAGCAUAUGGAAACCGAUCGAAGUUUUAUGGAAAUACGUGCCGACGUUUAUACCCGAUAAAAAGUUCCGAGGCUGUUGCAGACCCAAUUAGAGGUCUUUUGGACAGUGAUUCAUAUUACCCUUCUACCAAGUCAUGGAUGCCGGAACUAUUCAAUCCAGUUCAAUAUGAUCAAAAACAAGCAAGAUAUCUUCAUAUAAAAGAAGACCGACCAUAUGAAUUCAAUUUAAAUUUGCCAGGAUAUAGUGGUUAUCAAAAGAAGGAAAUGAGAAGCCAUGAUUUAGCAUCAUUAGUAUCAGUCUGUUGA